CGGGCGCAGAGCCGGAGCUGGGGGGUCUGGGCGCCAUGGAUUACUCCUACCUGAACUCGUACGACUCGUGCAUGGCGGCCAUGGAGGCGUCGGCCUACGCCGACUUCAGCUCCUGCAGCCAGGCCGGCUCCUUCCAGUACAACCCCAUCCGCAGCUCCUUCGCCGCCAGCCCGGCCUGCCCGCCGCUCGCCUCGGCCAGCUGCGCCCUGGGCGCCCUGCGCGACCACCAGCCCUCGCCCUACGCCGCAGUCCCGUACAAGUUCUUCUCGGACCCCUCCACCAUCAACGAGAAGAGGAAGCAGCGGAGGAUCCGGACCACCUUCACCAGCUCGCAGCUGAAGGAGCUGGAGAGGGUCUUCGCCGAGACCCACUACCCGGACAUCUACACCCGGGAAGAGCUGGCCCUCAAGAUCGACCUCACCGAGGCCCGAGUGCAGGUCUGGUUCCAGAACCGCCGGGCCAAGUUCCGGAAGCAAGAACGGGCCUCCAACGCCAAAGGGCAGAACAGCGGCAACAACAGCGGCAACGGCUCGGCGGCCAGCAAGAAGCCGGACCCCCGGUCCUCCUCUGAAGAUGACGAGUCCAAGGAGUCCAACUGCAGUCCCACGCCGGAUAGCACGGCCUCCCUGCCAGCUGCCGGGGGCCUGAACAGUCCGGCCGACAGCCUCAGCCCCAGCCCUGGCACAGGGCAGCCAGGCCUGGGCGCCGGGCACGCCACCCCCAGCCUCAAGUCCCCCCUGUGGGCGGGCGUGAGCACCAGCAAUGGGGGCACCAACACGGCCGAGUUGCUGAAGGCCUGGCAGCCCUCGGAAGCCGCCAUGCCCGGACCUUUCUCCGGCGUCCUGUCCUCCUUCCACAGGAAGCCAUCUCCACUCAAGGCCAACCUCUUCUAACGGAAGCACAACCACAUGCUGCUGACCCACAACAACCCCUUCCCUCCCAUCACUGCCAGAGGUCCUGUCCAGCUGCCCCAAGGGUGGGGAGUCAGCUUGAACUCAACAAGCGGUGGUUUCUCUUGACUUCCUGGCCAAGCCACCUCUGAAAUGGCUUCAAACGGUUCUGAACAAAGACGACCACUACAUCCUCUGUUUUUUUGUUGAGACCUCUUGUCAUCUCCUGCCCUAUUGGGUGGGAGGGGGAACCAAGAAUGGAUCACCCAGUCCUCCCGUCUGCGUGAAGGAGACCCAGGGCUUCUUGGGUGGUGGAUCUGCCCCAUCUUCUUAAUGAUGGUCAACUUAGGAGUUAGUGGAUCAACUGAGCUUCUCCCUUGCUCCACGAAGCUGCUCAAGAUGCUUAUAUUGGGGCAUGAGGAAGACUAACCUGGUGUCCACCAGACUGGCUGGACUACAACGCCUCUCAUCCCCUGCCCAAGCGUUCACUAGGUUGUGGAUGAGGGAAGGUGAAGUCCAGCACGUCAGCUUGGGUGAAGAGUGCCUAUUUAUCUACGGCUGGGUUGGGGUCAGCAACAUCAACCAAGAAGGAGGCAUCUGCUGAGCUUGGUGGCACCCGUGCACUUCACAAAAGGUGACAGGGAGGUCUUCAGGUUGACUGACAGCUGGUGGGAUAAGAACUUUGAGGGUGGUCAGGUGACAACUGUGGAGUUCCCACAGCCCCUGGGCUUCAGGAGGCUGGCUGAGUGGAUGAACCCAUCUCUGCAAGUAGGAGAGACUCUACAUCCAUCCCCAAGACGGAGGAAAGACCGUGCCCUCCUUUCACCCCACACUUUCCCCCCUUCUCUUUCUUUUCCUCCUUGUGGACUCUGGGCUUCUGUCUAGCAAUGGGCUGAAGGUCCUCUUUUCCCUCUCUUGAAUCUUCAACAGUUGGAGAUGGAAAAAGGCCACGAGGCAAGGCAACUGUCCUCUUAUUUAUAUUCCCACAACCUUCCUGGUCUUACCGUGCCCCAGUUCCGAAGCCUCCAAAGAGCUGGGGGUGGUGGUGCGACAGAAUCCAGAAUGCCAAAGGGACUUGGAGGUCUUCUAGUCCAACCCUCUGCUCAAGCAGGAUACAAACACUGGACCAGACAAAUGGCUGUCCAGUCUCUUCUUGAAGGGUGGGCUUCCUGGAUAGAACUUGGCUGAUUUUUUUCCUGGUGGAGAAGAUGUCUUGUCCCUCUGCCCCAGUGGGCAGAGAGAGGACAGCUCUGAAGCUUCUUGGAGACUUCUGGAUGAGGGCAACAUGUCAUUCCUCCUUGUCACUCCCUUUGACCUGGGGUAGACCCAUAUCGGGGACCUCACCCCCCCCCCAUCAGAGCUGGCACCAGCCAGAGCACAAAACAACUCAAAGAAGUUGUCCAAGUGGAGAGACCUGGCUUAUAGAACCGCCAAGAGUUGGAAGUGACCGGAUGGAUAUCACCACCGACGCCAUCAUCAUGAACCUCACGAGAAGGGAGGGAAGACGUUCUUCUUGAGGUCGGACAUCCAUAAUGCAAAGAUGACUGAGAUCUGAACAGGGGUCUUGCUAUUUGGGGGGGGGGGUCUUGCUACCUGAACAGAGGUCUUGUUUCAAUCAUUUUCUUCCUCAACAUUAAUGGAUUUUAUGCCCCGUUGACAGAUUGGACAGGGAAUGACCACAGGGUGGAGGUCCAGCUGGGCUACUUUGCUUUAGAGCGGGGCCUUGGGGUGUCACUCACGCCUCAUAUCCUGCCCUGAGGACAUCAAAGAAGAUGAACCAGUGAAGCAGUACCAGAGAUGUUAGGAGCUUCUUCUGGAAAUGGUUGAUUUAUGGCAGCCUGGAGAUGAAACCUUUACUUGUCUUCAAGAGGGAAAGUUCCACGAGGAGAAGGGUGCACAGGGUGUCCACCGUAAGUCCUGCAUCCCACAAACUUGUGUCCAUAAAGCUGUGCCAUCCCUGUUUGAAAAUGUCCAAACUUUCCAGGUUGGUUUCCCAACUUGGAACCUUGGUAUGAAAAGGAAGCUCCUGGAGAACCUCAACAGCUCCUGAUCUUUCCAGUGCUGAUGGGUUUUGAAGGUUCAGUUGUGUUGGCCUUCAACUCCUGCCAUCCCUUCAGGUUGACCAGAAGGACUUGUGCAGAAUGCAGAACACAACAACUGCUCCCACUGGAAAAGGGGCCCAUGACAGGAGAUCCGUAGGCUUCGUCUACAAGGUUCUAACAAGGGUUCAGCAAGCCACAACACAACACCACCCCCAGGAGAAAUCUAACCGAUGAUGUGCAAAUUCAGCCACUUGGUAUUGGGUGAUCUCUAUGAGGAUGUUUGGUGAACCCAGCUGCUCUCCCCCUGCUGGUCUGGGCCUCUUUGCACCCCAUCGCUCAACCUCGAACGAUGCCUACUCCCAGAAGGACCUAGUCUGUGGUUCUGGAAGCUCAGAACUCAGCUCUUGAAGAGAACUUGGCCCACAGCAUCCUUCCAGCUCCUUUUGAAGACCAAGGCAGCAGAAGCCUUUAGUAGGGACAGCAAGCUCUCCUGUUUGGACCUUCAGCAUCAAUACCAUCAUGCAAAAAUCCUAGAGAUGGGAGACAGGUGAGAUGCACCUGGACAAACACAAAUCUCCUGCAAAGGUGCUGCUGCUGGUGGUCCAUGAUGGACAGUGAUUCUCUCUAAUGGGUGGGCUCUACUGUCCAUUCCUGCCAACCUGUGGGUGAUGCAGACACAGCUCUAAGAUGGGAAGCAUCAGCAAGUACCCUUAGAUACCUCCUGCUCUCUGAGGAUGAUGUUCCUGCUGCGGCUACAGCGGCUGGGUGGAGAGAGGGUGCAGAGGGCUCUUGGAAGUCCCUUCUGUUUUGGGAAGACCCUGGGAAGAGAAAGCACUGCUCAGCACUUGCUUCGGGACAGAACUUCAAGUCUAUGUUGACACUUCUCACAUGGGCAGAAGUUCUGGCUUUCCAGCCAAAGUCUUGCUGAAAGAGGUCCAUCUCUGCCUAGGUCCGGCCAAGGUUGGAGGGCUUUGGGGGUUGCCUUGCAGAGGGGAGGGUCCAAGGGGGCAAAUGGUCCGGCCACCUCCUCCCAAGAACGGGAAGACCCCAAGCGUCAAAGCCUACAGCAGCUGAGGAGACAGGACCUUCUCAGAAGCUCCUGUCUUCUCCUGAGUGAGGUGGAGAGAGGUCCCCCUUCCCUCUUCACGGCGCUGCCUUGGCAGACAAAGGCCACAUUUGGCCCACCUCACCAGGAGCUCACGGGUUUCACUCUGGCUUGGUCACGGAAUAAGGCUGAAGCUGCCCCUGACCAGGAGUGACCAGCAGGUGGUCUUUGCACCACACAUCUAAGCAAGUGGGUUAAACGUCCUCUCUGGCUGUGAAGCUUGGUGGUGGUUAAUCUUGGGUGGCCUUGUGUGUCUGUGUGCAUGCGGUUUUGUGGGUGUGGGCGCCGGACACAUUGUGUAAAUCAGCAGAAGAGAAUCUGUGGAGCGCAGGGUUGAGCUGUGGAGGUCCUGGCUGAGGAAUUCUGGGAGUUGAAGUCCAGAAGUCUUAAGGUUGCCAAGUUUGGAGACCCCUGGUAUAGAGGUAUAGAGAGGAUGGAAUCCAACAUCCCUUCAACAAAGGCAGAGGGCAAAAACACAGUGGGCAGAGCAGGUUAUCCGGGUAUUAAUCACACACCCCCUCGGGGGUCUUUGCAGCAGGAGACAGCACCCAUAGCUCCCAGGGAGAUUUCUCUAAAGCUAAGUUGCUCAACCUUGGCUACUGGAAGACUUGUGGACUCCAACUCCCAGAAUUCCACAGCCAAGUCGGGUCUCUAAAGCCCAGAGUAGCCAUUUUGUAUUUUCAUGGUGAGAAACGAGCCUCGUGACAUGGAGACCUUCGUGACAUGGAGUUCUGAAUAUGGAGACUGCCUUUCGCAGAAGGAGGAGGAGGAGGAGGAGAGGGGAAACAAAAAGAAGAAAUGGGCAAACUUUCCCCCCAAAAAGUCUGGCCCAGUCCUUUUUCUUCUUCUCAAUCCGCCAUUUUUGCAUUCCUCCUGGUUUUUUUUUUUUUCCCCUCCUUGUCAUCUGGACAGUUUCUUCAUUUCAGUGUGAAGUCCUGUGUGUGUCCUGCGUAUGACUAUUUAUUGAUGGAACGGGGUUUACCGCCACAAAAAAUCCAAGCAGCCUUUGGGAAAAGGAGGGAUUAAAGCAACUUGGCUCUUUGAUGACUUGUGGACUUCAACUCCCAGAAUCCCUCAGCCAGCGUGCCUGGCUGAGGAAUUCUGGGAGUUGGAAGUCCAGGGGGGUCUUCCAA